AAUUGAUUUCCUGGUUGCAAAACUGCGGGAACUUUCGAGUGGUUGGACAGUCGCAAGUAAUACAGUAAAGAUGCCACCAAAGGCCCGAGCAGCUGGGAAGGCUAAGGGGCCCACCAAGAGAGCCUUGGCAGAGGCCUUUCCUGCUGGUGAAGUCUUGACUGACACAGGGAAGAAGUCCUGGAAACUGGGGGCUCCCAUUGGACAAGGAGGUUUUGGAAUGCUGUAUUUAGCUAAUGAAGAUAAUGCAAAACCUGUUAUGGCAGAUGCCCCCUACGUUAUCAAAGUGGAACCAAGUGACAAUGGACCACUCUUCUCUGAGCUGAAGUUCUACAUGCGUGCUGCAAAACCUGAUCUAAUCCAGAAUUGGGUCAAGACAAAUAAGCUGAAGUACUUAGGAGUGCCAAAGUAUUGGGGAUCAGGUCUUCAUGAAAAGGGGGGAAAGAGGUAUAGAUUCAUGGUUAUGGACCGAUUUGGAUUGGAUUUGCAGAAAAUUUUUGAAGAGAGGGGGAAGGUAUUUCCACGGAAACUUGUCAUUCAGCUUGGAUUGAGACUGAUUGAUGUACUGGAGUACAUCCAUGAGCACGAGUAUGUGCACGCAGACAUCAAGGCAUCCAACCUUCUUCUUGCUCAGAAGAACCCCAACCAGGUUUACCUGGUAGAUUAUGGGCUGGCAUACAGGUACUGCCCCGAAGGCAAACCAAAGGAGUACAAAGAGGACCCAAAAAGAUGUCAUGACGGGACCAUUGAAUUCACUAGUAUAGAUGCUCAUAAAGGAGUGUCCCCAUCCAGAAGGGGAGACCUGGAGAUCCUGGGUUACUGUAUGCUUCAGUGGCUGUGUGGGCGGUUGCCUUGGGAAGACAAUCUCCAGGACCCCAUCUAUGUCCGUGACUCCAAGAUCAAGUGCAGAGAAAACAUAAAAGAAUUUAUAUCGAAGUGUUUUUCCUCAGACAAUACACCAGGUGAAAUGUUGAAGUUUAUGGAGGAGGUCAAGUCGCUUGGCUACACAGACAAACCCAAUUACCAGAAGUUCCGUGCCAUUCUACAGGAGGGGCUGAAGUCCAUUGGCGCGACUGAUGAUGACAAACUGGACUUCUCUGUGGUCAGUGGUUCCAGAAAAUUCUCCAAGCAGAAGACGACCAAAAGAAAGAAGGUGGAGGAGAAGGGAGAGUCAAGUAAUGAACCAGACACAGGCCCUGUAAAGAAAAAAGCAGCCACAAAGAAAAACGAAGUGAAUGGAAUGGAGAAGAAUGCUCCCAAAAAACAGCUGGUGGAGAAAGCCACCCAGACAUCCCCAGCUCCUGCAGCUAUAAAGAGGAGGACGAGGGGCAGACCCAAAAAGAAUGCCUAAAACCAACCCUGAACAAUCACCAUUGGUAUUGUGGAUCACUGAGUUGAUAGAGCAACAGCACUUAAAUAAGAACCACUGCAGAACUUUCUCUUUUUGACCAUUGUUUGAAGAGUUCGAAGCAGUAACUUCCUAUUAAAUAUAUUUUCUUAUGCAGAAGCUGUUUGCUCAAAUCCACAAUUUUAAAAAUGCUAAUCUACAUGAGAGGAGGAUGUUGUUUUUGUCUGUUUCACUGGCUUCUGUUUUUCACUGAUUUUCUUUUCCUUUUUAUCAUUCAUUCCUUUCAGAGUCUUCCUUCCCCCUUUCCAUUCUUUAGUAUUACAGCGAUUACCAUUUAUGUUCUCUGUUGUUGCCACCAGCAGGCAGCCAAAGUACUGGCACCUUCUACCUGCAAAGUUGCAACCAUUUUAAAAACAAUCAAGUGUCCUAAUGUUACAUAGUUGUUUCAACGAACUGACACGAUGUCACCCCCC